GGGAGAGACAGGGACGGUCCGUGAAAGAAAUGGAGGAGACUUCAGUAUUUCUGCUGUGCCUGACGUCCAGCAGCGGGGUGCCGCUGUACUGCAGGAGCAAGGGCAGCAGCAGGCAGCUGACAUUUUCUGUUAUUGGAUCACUAAAUGGCGUGCACAUGUUUGCCAAUAAUCAGGACAUUCUUUUAACAUCUACAUGCACUGACAACAGCAGGGUGGUGUGGAGAUCCUUCCAUGAUAGGUUCCUCACCGACUGCUCACCUUUUUAGCUGGUUCCUGGAGUCGAUGUGUGUCUACUUUGUGGCCCUAGUCCUUCUUUACACAAAGUGGAGUCAGGUUUGUGAUAAAGAAUGGAGACUGUGUCUACUUCAUAUAACCAAGUUUAUGAAAACUUUGAUGCAAAGAAAUAUUUGGACAAGUACUAUGGUGUGGACCCCAAAACCCAGGAAAUUUCUGAAGAGGCAAGAUUUUUGUUGACAUUUCUUAGUGAUGUAUUUUCUUCAGGUCGUGUUAAAGGUCAGAGCUUCAUUGAAAUUGGUGCUGGUCCCUCCAUACAUAACAUACUGUCUGCAUGUGAAGUUUUUGAAAAGAUCUAUCUGACUGAUUAUUUCCAAGGAAACCUACAGGAAAUUGACAAAUGGCUAAAUAGAAAAAAUGAUGCUUUUGAUUGGUCUCCCUACUUGAGAUUUGUGUGUGAGCUUAAAAACAAUCGAUCAACUCUGAGGGGGAAGGAAGAGAAGAUAAGAAGAAUGGUCUCUCUCAUGAAGUCUGAUGUCACCUUGAGCAAUCCACUACAUCCUAAUUCUCUUCCUUUAGCAGACUGCGUGUUAGUUUGCGGCUGCCUUAUAUGUACCUGCAAAACUUUAACAGACUUUAAAAUUUCUCUUAAGAACGUUGUAUCUCUGAUCAAACCAGGAGGACAUCUGAUUUUUUUUGAUUACAUAGGAGCUUCAUAUUACUGGGUUGGAGAGGCAAAGCUUCCACUUUUGUCACUUGAUGAACAGUUUGUCAGGGAAGCAAUGGUGGAGAGCGGAUGCAAAAUUGAAAUGUUUCAAUUGUUUAAAGAUUUUCAUUUUCCACGGGAAUUAUUUGAUUGUAAAAUUUUAUUCAGCCUUCUUGCCCAAAAACUUUAAGGCAUAUGGAAAAAUCAAGGCAGACAUUUUUUUCGGUCAUUUAUCAAACUGGUGUAAGUUAGAACUGGCUUUUAGUUGCCCAUAGCAACCAAUCAGAUUCCAACUUUAAUUUUCCAAGGGAGCUGUCAAAACUGAAAGAUGGAAUCUGAUUGCUAAUGGAAACUAAGUUCUACUAAACACCAGUUUGAUAAAUGACCCCCCUUUGUGUCUACUGACCCCACUUAUACAUCUAAGAAAGCUAGAUCACUUACAUUAAAUAUACAAAUAUAAAGGCUAUGGAUACCUUUGAAUGUUGAAAAUCAAUAAACCCAUAUCUAAUGCAGCACAUAAUAAAAUUGCACUUGUUUGUUUA